UUCUCGUUCUUGGUUCGUCUAAAUUGGACGUGAUGUCAGCGAGCGUUUCUACUCGUAAUUGUACGACUAACGAAGGACAAUCAGAGUGGAGCAUCGUCGGAUCGGUCUUAUUCUUUCGAAUCGACCUCGUGACACGUCCGUUAUGUUUGCAUACUGCGACUCGUGUCUAUCAAUGCGAAACAGUGUUUGCACGCUUAACCAAGUACAUGCAGAAGAAUAUACACACACUGAGAUGCGCGGGCGUGUACACUAUCAUGGCUGAUUUUUUUCCUUCGAAACGAAGAGCGAGUGAUCCAUACAUGGUAACGGUGAGAAGACUGGCUUACGCGUUGCAACGCGUAACCCACCCUACCUGCUCUCCUGUCGCCACUCGUUCGCCUUCCGUUCUUUUCUCCUGCUUGUAUCCGCAAUAUUUGGGUGUGUACGUCUGUGACUCACGUAUCGACUUUUCUCCCAGCCAACUUCGAACAAGCAGGGUGGGUUUAAGGCACACCCAUCAUCCAGCUAAGGGUAGAGAAAAUACAUAUCAUUGGCCUGCAAUUUUGGCGAAUCGAAAUUUUGUCAACGAUGUCACAUCCGCAAAAGUUGGAGCGCAGAAUCACAGAGCAGUUGGCAACGCUGCUGACGUUGGCUGGUGAAAAGGUGGCGGGGCUUAGACGUUGACCAAUCAGAAGCGUUAUUCGAAUCUCCCCACGUCGCACCCCGCGGUCGUGCCGAAGCUUGAAAAUCUGUAACGGACGCCGCUUCCAGGGCAUAUUCGUUUCUGGGCUCUCGUGACGAGUUAGCGUGUAUCUCGUCGUUAGUUCGAUAAUCGCAGUAUACUUCGAAAAAGUCCAGAAAACUACCGAGCAACAUGAGGGAAAUCGUC